AUGGAUCCUUGGCCUCCGAAGCGUGCGCAUGGCAGGGCACCGGAGGCCGCCACGCAGCCGGUGGCAGACGGGCCGCACCUGCGCAGCCGACAAUCUGUCGGCUUUGGUGAGACACUGCUGCGGGAGAUGCCGCUGCUGCUGGUUCCGAAGGACGCCACGGCAUUUCUCCGCAGUGCAGCUCCUGACGUACUACUACAGGUUGCGGCUCGCCUUGGUGACAGCCAGCGCCUCGCAAGCUUUGUGGCCUUCAAGCAUCUUCCAGUAGAGCAGCAGGAGGCUCUGCUUGCGAUGGGUGUCCCCGAGGGCAGUUGCAGCAUCCGCGAGACCGAGCGUGUGAUCCACGCGUUCCUGCAGGACUUCCCUGUGUUUGCAGCUGCUGUUGACUGGAAGCUUUUCGUUGAGGUGGUCGGCAUCGUCAGCGAGCGGGGUAGCCGCUUGUCCAAUGGGAACUACGCUCUGUACAAGUUGAUGGAUUUGGCUUCACACAGCUGCCAACCCAACGCCGUCGUGGAGACGCUCGGCGAAGACGGUCUGCGGGAGCUGCGCUGCCUCAGCUAUGCUGGCAUCGCGGAGAACGAAGAGAUCACAACAAGCUACGUGGCUGAGGAGGUCUUGCUCCAGCCCUCGGAGCCCCGACGUGCGACCAUCCGUGCAGAGCGUGGAGGCUGGCAUUGUGCCUGCAACCGAUGCAAGCUCGACGGCGAGGUUGCCAAUGACCUCCGCAGUAUUUCAGCCCAACUUCGUCGUGGCAUGGAGGUGCCUCCCUUGAGGGAACGUUUGCAGGCACUAAAAGCUAUCGACACGGCGCUGCCCUUUGCUAUGGCGGCAAAGGCGCGUGUGCGAUUCUCGCUGGCACAAGCGUGCGAGGCCGCCGUAGAUCAGGGGCUGUUUGAGGAUGCCAAGAUGUUGUAUGAGGAAGCCUUGGAUGAGACGGAAAUAGUGCUUGGGCAGAAGGGCCUUCAAAAUCUCGACUCUUGGCUGGAUUUCAGGAUGGCUAGCAUGCAAUGCCGGAUCGUGGAAAAGGUCAAUGAUCUGAUUUUCCGAGGAAAGCGUAUCAUUUUCAUCACCAACAACUCGAACAAGACUCGCAGCGGUUUGAUGGAGGAGUUGGAACAGAACUACCGCAUCAAAGUGUUGCAUACCGCCAUGUCUCAGUCUCUCUCUCCGGAUGCUUGGCGAAAGCCGAAGGAGAAGUCGCCAGCCAUGGUCAAGAUCACCCAUCAACACAUAGUCACCAGUGCCAACACAUGUGCUUGGUUCUUGAAGCAGAAAGGCAUUGAGAGGCCCUUCGUCAUUUGCUCUUCACUCGCUCUGUGCGAAGAGCUUGAUGCCUUUGGAAUUUCACACUACACUGCGACGAUCCACAAGGAUGGCAAACCGAAGCAGGAGUACCUGCAGGAGGUGACUGACAAGAGGAUCUGCGAUCUCAUCGCCAAAGCUCCCGAAGUGGAUGCGGUGGUGGUGGGAUGGGACCAACACUUCACAGCUUUGAAAGCUGCA